AUGUCAGAACAUCCGCUAGCUUCACGAUUACCCAAGCCAACUGGUACUAUGUCUACUUAUACUGGACCGAAAGAAUUCUGUGCUCUUGGACUCCGCCCUGAGACGCCUCGCAACAUGGAUGACUUUGUUCAUUCUGAUAUACCUCAAUUCUGUCUCCAUGUUCAAACUUUCAAAGACGGCACUCUUGUCAACUUGACAUUUUCCCAUGUAACAACUGACCUGAUGGGGCUGUCUGCCAUAUUCGAGGCUUGGAGUCAGGUCCUUGCUGGGAAGCCAGAAGCUGUCAUCUCAAUGCCGGGGUAUCGAAAAGACGUGUUCGACGACAUGAUCAAAUCGCCGCCCAAGGAGCGCCAUGUCUUCGCAGGCAAGAUUAUUGAUGGCUGGCGUUUCAAAGUCUGGGGCUUACGGAGCUUAUAUGAGUCGUGGAGAUCCGGCAACAUUCAGUCGCGGACUCUGUGUAUGCCGAAAGAAACAGUUAGCAGGAUGAUGCAGCAAGCGAGAGGCCACCUGUUAGAGGAAACAACAAAUGGCAAACCCUUUAUCAGCGAGGGGGAUGUCUUCGCCGCUCUCUCUUGCCUCAUGUUAGCCAAGUACCAAGGCCGAGGUACGACUCGAGAGCUGGCAACUAUCAUGGCUGUCGACCCUCGAAGUCGAGCCCGAUCAGUUUUCUUGCCAGACAAGGCAUACGUACAGAACUCUCCUACCAAUGCCUUUGUGUUCUGUCGCGCCACUGAGAUCUUGGACCUGCCACUGGGGAUCCUUGCUCUCCAAGUGCGAGAGGCCAUACAAGCACAGACCACAGAGGAACAACUGAAAGCCUCCACGGCACUCUCAGUGGAGUCUAUGAGGACAAACAACAUGCCUGUAGUAUUUGGAAGCACCAACAUGGCUGCUCAGUUUAUGUCGAAUUGGAGCAAGGGAGAUCUCGCUAAGAAGUUGGACUUCAGCCCCGCGAUAGAGCAAGAGGUAAGCCCUGGGAAUAGAAGGGGGAAGAGGGGACAUCCUGUGUAUUAUCAAGCUUCUGAUCCUGGACAUAAUACCGUCUCCGCCAUAUCGAGCGUGUUUGUGGUGGUUGGCAAGGAUUAUGAAGGCAACACUUGGUUUUCAAACUCGUUGCCGCAGAAGAUGUGGACAGACUUGAUGGAUUACCUUGAACAGCUCAGCCAUACUGAUAGAGCGUCUAAACUGUGA